CAAAAAGGCAAAGCUCCCCCCACUGGCCGGCUACGGUAGGCAGUGGCGCGUCUGCGACUCGCUCACGCCGGGGCUUUGGAGCGGGUGGCUUUGCGCGCCGUCGCCGCCAGCGGCUCUCGCUCCGCGCGCAAAAGACCCAGCCGUCACCGCUGCCACCAUGCGUGUCUCGGGGGCUUGCCUUCUCCUGCUGGCGGCGCUGCCCGCUUGCCUGCCGAGGCGCCCCCGGGCCGUCUACACCAACCACUGGGCAGUGCGGGUGUUGGGGGGCUCCAGCGAGGCGGAUCGGUUGGCCUCCGCUUACGGCUACCUGAACCUCGGACAGAUUGGGAGCCUGGAAGACUAUUACCACUUUCAUCACAGCAAGACGAUUAAAAGGUCAACGUUCAGCAGCAGGGGCCCGCACAACUUCCUCAGAAUGGAUCCAAAGGUAAGAUGGUUGCAGCAACAGGAAGUUAAACGAAGAGUCAAGAGACACGUUCGACGUGACCAUUUUGUUUCCUUCAAUGACCCACUCUGGCCUGAAAUGUGGUACAUGCACUGUGAAGACAAUGACAGUGACUGUAGGUCAGAAAUGAAUGUCCUAGCAGCCUGGCAGAGGGGAUAUACCGGCAAAGAUGUAGUGGUGACCAUUCUUGAUGAUGGCAUUGAGAAACAUCACCCUGAUCUUGUCCAAAACUAUGAUCCUCAUGCAAGCUUUGAUGUCAAUGGAAAUGAUGGAGAUCCAACUCCACGCUAUGAUGCCAGCAAUGAAAACAAGCAUGGCACCCGUUGUGCCGGAGAAGUGGCAGCAUCAGCAAACAACUCUAACUGCAUAGUGGGAAUUGCAUACAAUGCAAGAAUUGGAGGCAUUCGGAUGUUAGACGGUGAUGUGACAGAUGUGGUAGAAGCGAAGGCGAUUGGCAUAAAACCUGACUACAUCCACAUCUACAGUGCAAGCUGGGGCCCUGAUGACGACGGCCGGACAGUGGACGGGCCUGGCCUCUUGGCCAGGCAAGCAUUUGAGCACGGCAUCAAAAAGGGCCGUAGAGGACGGGGUUCUAUUUUUGUCUGGGCCUCUGGAAAUGGUGGAAGAGAAGGGGAUCACUGCUCUUGCGAUGGAUACACCAACAGCAUCUAUACAAUCUCUGUCAGCAGUACCACCGAGAAUGGGAACAAACCAUGGUACCUAGAAGAAUGCGCCUCCACCAUUGCUACCACAUACAGCAGUGGGGCAUUCUAUGAACGGCAAAUUGUGACCACAGAUCUGCGGAAACGUUGUACAGACGGACACACGGGGACCUCUGUGUCUGCCCCCAUGGUGGCAGGGAUCAUUGCCCUGGCUCUGGAGGCAAACCCUUUGCUGACCUGGAGAGACGUUCAGCACCUUCUUGUUAAAACAUCUAGACCAGUGCACCUCUUGGCCCCUGACUGGAAAACAAACGGAGCUGGACGUCGAGUUAGCCAUUUGUAUGGAUUUGGCCUGGUGGAUGCAGAAGCUCUUGUUGUUGAGGCAAAGAAGUGGCAAACGGUCCCAGCCCAGCACGUUUGUGUUGGAACCUCAAAUAAGAAACCUUGGUUCAUCCCUGCCAACAAAACGGUGCGGACGGCGACCCUAACCAGUGCCUGUGCAGACCACCCUGACCAUCAUGUAGCCUAUUUGGAGCAUGUUGUCGUACGAGUUUCUAUUACACACCCUCGACGGGGAGACCUACAGAUAAACCUGACAUCUCCUUCUGGAACAAAGUCCCAGCUCCUGGCGAGGAGGCAAUAUGAUGAUUCCAGUGACGGUUUUAAGCACUGGGAAUUCAUGACUGUCCACUCCUGGGGAGAAACAGCAGCAGGAGAAUGGAUGCUGGAGAUCCAGGAUAAGCCAUAUCAUGUGAGAAACCCAGACACACAAGGAAAAUUAAAGGAAUGGAGUCUCAUUUUAUAUGGAACAGCUGAGCCGCCAUACUCCAAUUUCAGCUCCCAUCACUCCAGGUCAAGGAUGCUGGAAAUGCCGUCAUCUGACAUGGAACCCUCAAAAACUGCUUUCUUCCAGAGUCAGAUGGAGAUAUUGGACGAAGAAGAGGAAUACACAGGUCCGUGUCAUACGGAAUGUGGCGACCAAGGAUGCGAUGGUCCCAACGCUGAUCAGUGCCUGAACUGUUUCCAUUUCAGCCUUGGAAGCAUUAAAACUGGCAGGAAGUGUGUGAAUUCCUGCCCCUCUGGGUACUUUGGGGACAGUUUGCAGAGGAAAUGCCGCAAAUGCUAUAGGGGCUGCGAAAUGUGUCUGGGCAGGAGCCAGUACAUGUGCACGGCUUGCAAGCGUGGCUUCUAUCAUCACAGGGAAACAAAUACAUGUGUGACACUGUGUCCAGCUGGGUUUUACUCUGAUGAGGAUCAAAGAUGUUGUCAGAAAUGCCAUCAAAACUGUAAGAAGUGCUCUGGAGAGAUGGACAAAUGUACUGUCUGCAAGGAUGGAUUCAGCCUUGUAGACAAUAGCUGUGUUACGGGAUGCAGGCUGGGCAUGUAUCUGAUCAAGGAACCAGUGCGAUGUGAGGGAUGCCACUCAAACUGCCAGACAUGCAUGGGACCAGGCCAAGAGGAAUGUGUGCAGUGUGCCAGGAACUUUCACUUGCAUGAGUGGAGGUGCGUCCCAACAUGCGGCGAAGGCUUUUACCCCGAGGAGAUGCUUGGACUCCCCCACAAGGUCUGCAGAAGAUGUGAAGAUAACUGUUCCAGUUGUGAUAGCUCAGGAAGAAAAUGUCUCCGGUGUAAAGAAGGCUUUAGCCUGCUUAGUGGCUCGUGCAUUGCUAGCGACAGAUGCCACAAUGCCGAUGAUGUCUUCUGCGAGAUGGUGAAAUCCAACAAACUGUGUGAACGCAAACCAUUUAUACAAUUUUGCUGUCGGACAUGUCUCUUGGCUGCCUAAGCCAGGCAUUUAAUAUCCGCCGUCUGGAGGCCCUGUUGUGCCAGCUUCCUAGGACAAAGUUUCCCUUCUCUUCGCUGCCCCCCCCCAAUUUGGGAAGCUUCAGCCACAGCUUCAGCUUGCAAGUUGGAUCCCUGUAGUAUCGCCUACCAGUUUGGUUUCUGCAGUAUCACCCCUGGCUAACACCAGGUUCAGGUAGCACCAUUGCUUUGCUUGUUGCAUCUUUAAAGGAAAUAAAAAAUAAAACUGCAACACAAAUCCUUCUCAGAUAUGUCUUACAAAUGGAGAGUAACACCUAAGUCUUUACGUCCACCUUCACUCAAAGUCAUCAACCCUUCCAAGUAGUAUCCAGGCAGAUUUAAGCUCUUUCUGAAUUUUUGAGAAGGGCAUCUUCCCCCCACAUCUCCCCUCCCAAAAAAGGCUGCAACCUUUUAAGCUAGUUUACAAGUCCCCAGGAUUAGCUCAACUACUGUUGAGUUCUCUUUCAGUGCAACACUGUGACUUGAUGCACUUCAUCCCAACAAUGUGGUGGUGAAAAAUCAGCACAUUCCCAGUUGCCUUUUAAUAGCAAGGUGGCCUUAGCAAACUUUCAACUUGGCAAUGGCCAAAGAGGCGAUCCUAGAGUUGGCAGGAAGAGGCAAGAGUGGUCUUCAUUUAAGCCUCCAACAUCAGUCUUUACUGUGAGCUGUUCUGAGUGGCCAAGUCCUCCUAAGUGACUGUCGGUAGCGCUGCUGAGCAUCCUGAAGGAUUGGAUUUGAAGCCUUUGCCGUGAAAUUGCUGGAAACAAAUUCAUCUCCUGUCUGCAAAUGCAGGCUAGAAUAAUUUCCUCUCUGCAACAAAAGAUUAAUUCUGCCCCUCCCCCCAAAUGUUUGCAUCUCCCUAGUUUUUUGGGCUUUGAUUGACGGCUUCCUUUUUCUGGCCUACCACAACUUACAGACAAAACCUUUCCUGUCUCAUGACAGCUCAGUGACUUUAGUAAGCAGCCCCUUCCAGGAGACAUUCCAGUUAGCCAACCAGAAGAGAAGGAAAACAACCAGUUCAACCGAAUGGCAUACAACGCAUCUGAAUGUAUUCACUAUACAUAUAAAUAUAAAUAUAUAAUAAUAUAUAUUUUAUAGUUUGUCUUGUGGUGUUUAUAUAAUUGUGUUAAAAUAUAUUUGGCUAUGUUGUCUUAUAGAAUUUUUUUUAAAAAUAACUUAUACAAUCAUUGCCUUUAUUUACAGAUUUUUUUAAAUUAUUUUUUACAGGGUUAGACUUUUUUCCCCUGUAAAGUGUCUCCUUCUCUUCUAGUGACAUCAUUGUAAGCUUCGACAAAGAUGUCCCUUUUUCCCCCUCUUCAGACAUAUGUAAACAACACUUCUCUCUUUUUUCUUAUAAUGCUUCUUCUGGUUCUUUUAUUGGCUCUUUUAAUAAGUUAAACCUUCAGCCCAUGAAAUUGGCAGUAAAACAUUAAUUGGCUCUUCACAAACAGAUUUCUACAAUUUUUUUCUGUCUAAAAUUAACUGACGUUCAUACUGCUCUAGACUCACAUGCUCUCAAACUUGGCUGAAUGAAUAGUGAAAGCUAGCACAGUGUUUCUGAUGUGGAAUGGAUCAAUGGCAAAAAGUCGACACAGCAACCACAACAUGAAUAAAGUGUUUAUAGUCCUCAUUAGUUUCUCUGUACUCCUCCUUCUCCGCAAACAAAGUAAAUUGCUUU